GUCGCCGUCGCUGUUGUCAGGUCCUUUUCAAAUCGUUAUAAGGAUAAUAUAUUAAAUCUGCUCGACAAUAUCACGCUCAUUGUGGUUCAAAGCGUCAGGUAGGGAAGCUAAACAUGCAAUCCGUAAAACUCAAUGUCGGCGGUCAUUACUUCACAACAAGUCUUCAAACACUGACUAAAGAUCCAAACUCCAUGUUGGCUGCCAUGUUCUCAGAGACAUUUGAAAUGAAACCUUCUGAAGACGGUGCUUUCUUUAUCGACCGAGAUGGAACUCACUUUCGGUUUAUACUCAAUUAUCUUCGCACUGGGAAAUUAACUUCACCAGAAGGAGAAGCAGCUCUUAAGGAACUGCAGGAAGAAGCUGAGUUUUAUCAGAUCGAAGGCCUCAUAGAGAAAUUAAAAGUAAAUUCGGAAAGUUUAACAAGCGUGAAACUGAAUGUAGGCGGCCACCACUUCACAACAAGUCUUCAAACACUAACUAGAGACCCAAACUCGAUGCUGGCCGCCAUGUUCUCAGGGAAGUUUCCAAUGGAACCUCAUGGAGACGGCGCUUUCUUCAUCGACCGAGAUGGAACUCACUUCCGGUUUAUACUUAAUUAUCUUCGCACUGGGAAGCUAACUUUUCCAGAAGGAGCCACAGCUCUCGCGGAAUUUAAAGAGGAGGCUGAUUUUUACCAAAUUCAGGGGAUUUUAGACGAGUUAGAUGACACAAGGCUGAAGUCGGAGUUUUGACAGACGAAGAACACCGAAGCAUUCUGGUCAGCUGGUUGCCUCCUAAGGGAGAGAUAGACAGAAGACGUCGCUAUCGUCUUCUGUUCCGAGCUUCUCGAGAUGGUUUCUCAGCUGCGACUUUUCACUCCAAAUGUGACGACAAAGGACCAACAAUAACCAUUGUGCAGAGUGGAGACAACAAAUUUGGUGGCUUUACAGAUAGCUCUUGGGGGAGUAAGUUGUGUACAUUAAGCAAAUGUAGUUAAUUUUGAUUCCCUAAACUGAUUUCCACGCAAAAACUUAGCAUUGAAGGAAAUCAACGUGGCAAAAUAAAUUAUCCAAAAAGUGAAAGAAUAAUGCUUGGUCUCUUAGCAGAAAUUUACCGAAGUUCACAGAGAAGAGAAAAUGACUAGGAAGAAUUUCAUUUAGAGGCCUCCACCUUAUUGUGGAUCUAACAAAGAAGACCCGAUGAAAGUAGCUCAUUAUGCGUCAUCUAGUGAUUAGCCAUCAGAUUCUGAAUUUAGGUUUUAGUUUAAUGAUCAGUAAGACUGUAGCAGUAUUUCUUAGGUUUCCAAGUUUUCAAAAUUUUCACCACCGGUACCAACUUGCACAUUUGAAACUUUCUAUCCUUGUUCAAUUAUUCUCGCCUGAUAAAGACAAUAAAUUCAAUUAGCACUUACAACAUAAGUGAAUAGUGCUGUUAGCGCGAGCUUAUUGGUUGGUGCGGAAGUAAACAGCAAGUACAAUUCACCUCCGAGCAGCUGAAGAGACAAAAUUAAGCGUUUAAUUUCCGACCAUUUUACGGUGUAUUGAAAGAAAUAAACUAAUUUUCUGGUUUUUGUAUAGUAUACAUAAAAAAUACAUUACCCACUUGAGUGACGUUGAAAGUGAUGGAUAUUUACUUCGCCGCUUCAGUUUGGUUAACAACUGUUAAUUAUUAUACAUUAGAUUUGAUAUGAAAUCAAUCAAUAUAUAACAGCGUGUGAAGUUGACAUAAAAACGCAAUAUGAGCAGCGGCAAGAUAAUAUACUCUUGUCAGCGGAUAUUACAUUUAUCAUGUCGAGUUCAAAGUCUGCCUAGUUUCCAAGCCCCUCGUCCGUGUAGUGUUCUGAAACUUUUGCAAACUUUGCGAGUAGCGUUUUCUUUUGUAGAUUGUUUACAAAAUGUACAAUAAAUCAAUUAGUGUUGUUGCUUUUCUUGUCAGGAGAUAGUGACGAAAAUUGUAGAGAGGCAUUCUUGUUUAGUAUGGUCAACCCAUAUGGCUCUGCACCAACUAAAAUGUUGUUACGUCCUGACCCAGAGGUGAAUUGGAGCGGCAGACCAGGAGGAAAAAGCUCCAAUCUGCCGAUUCUAGUUGGCAUUUUAUCUGAAGCGCAAAGUGGACCAGCAUUUGGUUCGCGACAGGAAGAUACUUUUCGGCGAUACGACCUGCUCAUCUUAGGCAACGCUAACGUAAGGGCUUCAAGUUCUGAAAGCCUUGGCGCGUCAUAUCAGUGCCCUGAAGGACAUAAGGGAACUUUCUUCACAGGGAAAAGAUCUUUCAUGGUAUCAAAUUAUGAAGUGUUUGAGGUCUUUAAUUGACAUAAGGUAAUUUUUCGAAGAUAGAAACGAUGUAGGCGCCCCCCCCCCCAUUACCUUAUUUAGGACUUAAAAGCGUGACAAUAGCAACAUGUGUUUUCAAAAUGGGUGUAAUAAGGGCACGAUAUUAACACUUGUGAAUUGAAGGAAACACGCAUUAGUUUCGAAAUACACAACGACUAGUUCAAACUACUUUAAAAAUAGAAAAUCAAAUUGCUAAAGUUAAGAAUUCCUGGGAUGCUUUCAAAAUAAAAAAUAAUCUCGUUUUAAUAGUCUUUUUU